AUGUUAACUUUCUUUCGAAUCACUCUCGUUUCGAGUUUAAUUCUAUUUUCUCAACAGUAUGAAGACCUGAUAAAACAACACAUAAUCCAGUAUGUUUUUGAUGUUCAACUUUUUCUCAGCAGAAUAUCUUCUUGCAGGAGACUGAACGAUUCUGUGGAUCCUUGCGACAACUUUUACGACCAUGUCUGCCCCACAGGCAUAAGAGCGGGAGAUACAUUUUUGGCUUUAUCCGUAAACGCCUAUCAAAAAGAAUUCAAUCAAAUUGUCACAGAAUUCGAUGUCUUCACGGUAUCCCCCUAAUUUUCCUAAUUUUUGAAUAUUCAUCAUUUGAGAGAGAACUGGCAUCAGAAAACAACGUUCGAACAAUGGUCAAUCAACUUCUGGAUAUGUGAUAAAUCUCUUCAUUGAAUUUAGUAUUAGUUUUUCAGAUGUUACAAACCUGGAGUUGGAAAGUUGCUCGCCAUUUCAUUUGCAAUGAAUGCUAUGCCAUCGUUUCCUCUCACCGUCAAUUCUAGCUGUGAAUCUAUUGCUUACCUUUUUGGUUUUCAAUACCGACCUGAAGUACUAUCCAAAUCGGUUGGUCGAACCUUUUUUGAUUUGAAACCCAGUUUCUUCAGUUUUUGAUGGCGUCAAGAAUAUUGUUCGACCUGCCUAAGAUUUUUAAGGCAGUCAGAAGUAACCGAUUCAGAGAAUCUCAAGUGAUUGCUCUCGAGUUGUAUGAAGAUUUAGCCGAAGAGCUGCAACAAAAAAUAAAGGUGGUUAUAAUUCGGAAUUCAAAUUUUAAGUUUUGUUUCACAGGAGACUCCAUGGGCCAAGUUUCGUAAUGGCACAGCUCCCUUGACAGAUUACCUUGCGAAAAACGUCACGUUUUUUGAAAUAGAUGAACCAUUACUGAUAGAAUGGGAACGGUUGUAUAGAGAAACGAUCUUUUCAUACAAGUGAGGGUUCUCUUCAAAACAAACCAGAAAAAUUCAGGAAAGAAAAUUGCUCCUUAUUGUGCAUCUACAUAGAAGUUAUAUCAAAGCUAAAUCUGUUUUCACAAGCUGGGAUCGGAUUUAUUUCGGUUUCAAGAGUUAUAAACGCUUUCAAUUUGGUAUGAAGUUUCAUUUUCUACUUGUCCUAAAAAUUGUUCAGGGUGGUCUAUUAUCGCUUAGUCCUCUCAUACAAUCUCUGGUCUUCACUCCAAACAAGGCUCGAAUGGUAAGCUCAGAAAUGCCGAUAGGCAUUUAGAUUUGAACUUCAGUUGGGAUCGCUAGGGUUCACUUUUGCACACGAAUUCAUGCAUUCGUUUUACAUAACUGAAGAGGAUCCCAAAUACCUAGCCCAGUUUUGGACGAACUCUUCGGAUUGCGUUAAAGAGCAAUAUGCAGCGACAUGCAAAGAGUUUGUUGGAGUAUGUGAAUUCCUAUUCUUGAAUAAUUGCAAAAGUUAUUUCGACAGGAUUCCUGUGUGAGUGGUACUAACUCCACCAAUGAAGAAGACGGAUCAGAUAUGGCAGCGAUUCGUUUGAUUUACUCCUACUUUGAAAAACAUUCGCUUCAAAAAGAAAUUGAAAAUGUCGAAAGUCUUCAUUAAACUUUUUUUUGUUUGAGGAAUCUGACAUACGAGGGAUCACCUCAGCGCAGAUGUUUUUCUAUUCGAUGGCUGCUACUUGGUGUCGACCUGAAAAUGUAAGAAUGUAAGAGAUGAGAAAAAACUGAAUUUCUGUUCAGGAUUUGAACAGAAAUGGAAACCCUGAUGACACUCAUUCGGGUUGGAAAGUGCGAAUAAACGCGGUGACAGCGCAAAUGGAACAGUUCAAAGAAGCCUUCCAAUGUGCCGACACCUCCCGAAUGGUCCAGAGCAAAGUUUGUUCAUUUUAGAAGUUGAACAGGUUUUUUCUUUUGUUUUUCAGACAAAACACUGCGCUAUAUAUGGAUGCGACGCUCCUGAAACUCAUUAA